AUGUCUACUAGCUGGGAGCGCAUGCUCGAUCGGCGAAGACACGCACGAAAGACUGUCAAAAAGUUCAUCAAGACUGUCGCAGGACAGAAGACCAACUUCGCCAAAGACGAACAGCGGUACUAUCGACAAGUCUCUCCUACACACUCACCUGGCUUGAUUACAUUAACUUCAAUCCGUGAGGACGAAGAACAGUAUCAAAUUGUCGAUCAACGCAGCUUGUCGAGCUCAUCGAAGUCUUCGAGUACUUUACUGAUGGAGAACAUUCGUGCAGGCGGUGGCGACACCUGGAAUGCUGAAUCCAACGGAGCUUCCCAAUGGAAUGACUCUGGCAACAACGACGAUGCUCGCAAGUGGAACGAUGGCGGUGCCAACGGCGACGCUGGUUUCAACGACAGCGGUGCUGCUGACUUCGGUGGCGAUGCUGGUCAAGGUGGCGACGGUGACGGUGCUGCCAACGGUGGUGCUUGUCACAACUGUGGUCAAGAUGGCCACAUGAUGCGCGACUGUCCCGAGCCCCGCAAGCAGGGUGCGUGUUACAACUGUGGUGAGGAAGGCCACAACAAGGCCGACUGCACCAAGCCUCGCGUUCAGCGAGAGUUCACUGGCGAAUGUCGCGACUGUGGUCAAACUGGACAUCAAGCUCGCGACUGCCCUUCCAAGCCAAAGAUCUGCAAAAUCUGCCGUGAGGAAGGCCAUGAAGCUCUUGCUUGCACCGGCAAGAUGAAGCUCAACCUCAGUCACGUCGCUGACAAGUCUGUCGACGAAGCUUGGGCUCUCCUCACUCAGGCCUCCGAUGAGCGCGACCUCGAUGAUUUCAAGGAUGCCGUCAAGAUGCUUUCCAAAGCCGAUCCCAACAUCACCUACGUCGACAUGGAGAAAGAGUUCCGUGCUCGAGAAUUCAAGGUCUACCUCAUUGGUCUUGAGAAAGAGUCUGGUCCAACCUUCACCAAUGUCGACCUCCAGGGCAACACCGGUAAGAAGUACGCCAUCGGAUACUUCUUCAGCGAGAAGCCUCAGCGUCCUACUAUGGUCGACAAGUGGCCCGAGUCUCCUGAAGCCAACCUCGAGCGUCUGGCUGACGUCGGUGUUCCCAUGGAUCGUGGUGUUCCGGUUUGCAGCAACUGUAACGAGUUGGGUCACUCCAAGCGUGACUGCAAGGAAGACAUUCGAGAAAUUGAGCAACCCAAGGUCGCUUGUGCCCUCUGUGGUGAAGAUGGUCAUCGUGUUCGCGACUGCACCCAGGAGCGUCCCAAGCCUCGUGGUCCGAGAACCUGCAAGAUCUGCGAGUCCGAAGAGCACAUCGCCAAGGAGUGCCCCAACCGCGAGAAGCGUACCUGCCGCAACUGUGGUUCCGAGGAUCACAUGGCUAAGGAGUGCGAUGUCAAGAAGUGUUCCAACUGUGAUGCUGAGGGCCACGAAUGGAGAGACUGCACUGCUCCUAAGGAUUGGUCUCGUGUAACUUGCCGCAACUGCGGUGAGAAAGGUCAUACCGUCAAGCGCUGCAAGCAACCCAUCAAGGAGCAGGAGAACACCAAUCCUUCUGGUGACGGUGAUGGCGGUUUCGGUAACGCUACCGACGCGGGAGCUGGCGGUGGCGACUGGGACAAGCCUGCUGCCGACUCUGGCGCUGGCGGCGAAUGGGACAGUGGUAAGGAUGCCGCUGGUGCAGCUAGCUGGGAGAGCAACGCUGCUCCUGUCGCUGUCGGUGGUGGUGGCGGCUGGUAA